CUAGUGUUUUCACUUUCUAUAGGGCGCCCCGUUGGGAGAGUCACCUAGCACGCACACGCACCGUUGAAGGGUUGGCCGAUUUUCAGUGACAAUCUUCACGCUCACUCAACACUUCAUCACUCUUCUUCUUCGAGCCAAGACGUAUCGUGAUUAUUAGGGGGGUUAAAAAACAGUAGACUCGAUAUUGGUUUCCUAUUUUGUUAGCCCAUUCUAUCUUGGCCUUAGCAUCAUUCACUGUUUUCUUACCACCUUUCGAUCGCCAGCCAUCUUUUUUCAAAAGUAACUUGGAACCAUUCGUUUCAUCGCAUAUCUCAUCUCGCCCUUUAAAUCGUGAUUAAUUGCUGCUGAAAAAUCGAAAAAAAAACUUUUAAUUCUACCUGCCCUCUGCAAACAAUUUUAUGUCGACAGUGUGAAAUCUCAAUAGUGAAAUAAGGAUAAAGAUGAUGGAACACGUCAUGGAUUUAGCAUCAGAAAUAUCGGAAAGUUCUUCAUUGGUGUCUGAGGAUCUGCGAACUUUAGAUGGUAGCGUCGAUGGUGAACCCCGCGCUGAUGGACUGUACGAAGAACGCUUUCGUGUUGAUCGACGCAAAUUGGAAUCAAUGCUUUUAGUCCCUGCUGAGGGUGGAAGUGAGGCAGCUGCUGAACGAUUUUUUCUCAGGGUCAUGCAAGAAACGAGUACUGUUAUCAUGUGGCCAGAGAAACUGAAAGUUGGUUCGAAAUCCAAACGAGAUCCACAUGUUCGAGUGGCCGGGGAGCCAGAAUCAGUUCGCGCUGCCAAAGAACGUAUCAUGGCUGUUCUUGAUACUAGGCAAAGCAACAGAGUGACUCUAAAAAUGGAAGUGAGCUACACAGACCAUUCUCACAUUAUUGGACGUGGAGGUAAUACCAUUAGCCGCGUUAUGGAAGAAACGCGUUGCCACGUCCAUUUUCCAGAUUCGAACCGCACUAAUCAGACGGAAAAGAGUAACUUGGUUACUGUCGCUGGCGAAUUGGCUGGCGUCGAGAAAGCUAGAGCUCGCGUUCGAGAUUUGAUGCCAUUGGUGGUUAUGUUCGAAUUGCCCAUUACGGGUUGCUUUCAGGCUUUUCCCGAUGUGGAAUCGCCAUUUAUUCAAAACUUGCAAUCGCGUUACUGCGUUCAAGUUUCUUUUCGUGCUCGUUCUCGUGGACCUCGUCCAGGUGUGGUCGUUAUUAAAGGAAGUGAAUCGGACGUUGCUCCUCUCAAGGAAGCCGUUAAAAUUCUUGUGGACUACUUUUGUGGAACAUUGGCUAAUCAAGUGCAAGUUUGCAUGACAUUGGAGAUCUCGCCCCAGCAUCAUGCUGUUGUUCAAGGUGGCAAUAAAAUGAAUUUGCAGCACAUCCGUACAGUCACUGGAACUACUAUUAUGUUUCCUGAUCUGACUGAUCCGCACAUUCCUCCUCUUCGUAAAAAUACCGUUUCAAUCAGGGGGUCGCUGGAUAGUGUACUUCAAGCUCGUUUGAUGCUGAUGGGUUCACUUCCCCUUAUGUUGACGUUUGAUUUACGUGAAGAAGCGGAGCCUGACCCAUUGACUGUUUCAAAGCUGGUCGAAAAGUAUGAUGUCAUUAUCUCGAUUAAGCCGAAACCCAAACUCUCAGUCAAAUCGGUGAACAUUCGAGGUUAUGAGCGUAAUGCUGGUAACAUCUACGAAGCCCGUCGUAUGAUCUUGGGGUGUUCAGAUGGCGAUGAGAAGGUGGUUGCUUCGAUUCCAACAGCAUACAUAGUUACUUCAACAGAUCCUUCGUUUAGCUUCCGUCAUACUGUGAUCUCUCUGUCAACUCCAACAAUUUACUCCGUUUACCACCAAGGUGGAUUCGGUGGUUACUCGUCACCCACAUCUCCAACGUCCGCAUGCUCAUCAACGUCGCCAUUCGGAUAUCACAAUAUUCAACCAAUGGCUUUGACUAAUAACUGCUUCCCUCAAGGAUUUCCAACUCGACCGCCUCAGGCUUAUGGGGUUGUUCCUGGUAUUCAUCCUGCUGCUGCUCAGUUUCAGCACCGUAAUACGCUUUCGGCUAAAAAUCUGCAAGCCUUCAAUGCCUACCAGACUCAUUUGUACCCAGAAGUGUACACUGACUUUCGACAAGGCCCUGGAUCGAAAUCGAGCAGUGGAGUCUCCAGCCCGACUUUUCCGUCUGGCUCCAUAAGUCCUUGUGAUUUCCCUUUCGGCCAUCAAAAUACUAUGCUGCAUGAUUUCACUGCAGAACUUCAAAACCGCAUGGCAUCCCAGAUGAACGAUGGGUUGGCUAACUGGGAACGAGAUCGUCGUGUGACCUCUUGCCCUGAUUAUGAGGAAAAACAACUUUUGGCUUUGAAUGCCAUGAGACAAACUCCUAAUCCAUCGCAAGCUCGGGUGCCAACUCCUACUUGGGCUGGUUAUGGUUUCAGCAAAUCGUCGCGCCAGACUUCGACAUCCGAAAAGGGAUUAUUUUGCGAUACGCCGGAUUCAACUACUUCCAUUAAGAAUGAGACCCAUCAACGCCGUAGUCCGUGGGAUGACCCUGUUUCUUCUGUGAAAAACGGACCAGACUUUGGCUUCAGUAGCAAUUUGAUUGACUCUGUCUCGUCUUUACCGAAACCCAGCGUUGCUGCUGCUAAAGACCUUUCUACUCUAUUGCAUUCCAUGGGACUCACUAAAUAUAUCGAACUUUUCGUUGAACACGAAAUCGACUUGGAAUUGUUUAAAACUCUGACGGAGAAUGAACUUCGUGACCUUGGCAUUCACGCCUUUGGCGUGCGCAGACGAAUGCUACUCACUAUUGCUGAGCUGAACAAGAAGACCGUAUUUUCUGGAAGCGCUGCUCCGGGAGCCGAGCGUCGUGCUGCCGUAGCAUCCAAGGACGUUUAAAUUUAUUGCAAGUUGAAACUUUUCAGAUUGUUUGAAUUAAAUCCUUAUUUUUUCAUAGCAGCGGAAUCUCUUCCUUCUUCUGUCCUUCCGAUUAUUUAUUGCUAAUAACGGUUUGCCUCUUUGAUUUUUUCGAUCGAUAUAAGCACAACGCGUCACUCCCCUCCUAUCUUUUGAUAUUUGAUAAUUCCAUUUUGUUUGCCAUUUCCUCUUUAAUCUUUCCCACCAUCUACACACUUCUCUUGGUGUGACUUAUAUAUAUAUUGAAACUUUUUGAUAAUAUUCUCACACUCUUAAUUACAAAAAAAAAUCACCAACGAAAAGAAGAAAAAAAAAAUAAUAAGUGCACACGUUUGGCUCUACUAUGACGACUUUUUCACUCACCUCCAAACUUGAAUACCUUGAUCUUUGUGAACUCACCUCUAGCUUUUUUUCACGCUCAUAAAUACUCCCAAGUCGUUUUCUAUUCAACUUAACCCUCUAGAUCCCUAAAAAUACUUCGAUAAGACCAAAAGAAUCCUUGACUUCUUUUUUCUGCUCUCCUUUUUUACGCAUUGGGCUGUGUUAGAACACUCAAUUUUGCACGAAUGUUUAAACUAGGCAAAAAGGAUUGAUUGUAAACUUGUGUGUUAUCUCAAGUCGAUGGAUGAUGUAUUUUUUUGUCACCUGCCACCCAUUUUUUGAACUAUUAUUGCUAUUACCUAAUUUUUUGCAUGUUGUCUUGUUGAUUGGCGCCAUGACCGAUAGCGUGUUAUUGGCCUUCCCUUUCUCACAUGUUGAUUUAUUUCUACUUUGUACACUUGGUGCGCUCUUCCUUCAUAAUUUUUUUGCAAGGUAAAAAAAAUACAAGCAGUUAAAGCAUAAA